AUGUCGUCUGAGGACGAAGAACAGCCUGAGAGCCCUCCUGGCUCCCCUUGGUCUUGGCUGGGUCACCUUGUUCAUUCAGUUAUUUGUUGCCAGCAUUUUCUAUUUUCUAACACAUUUUUGCUAUCACAAUUUGUAGCAGGCAGCAGAGCAGAUAAUGAGGAAGAGGAAGAAGAGGAAGAAGAAGAAGGCUCAGAGUCAAGUAGUCCUGUUUCUUACCAGAUGAAGCCUCCCCCAGAAGGGUGUUGCACUACCGAUGGUUUCUGCCAGGCUGGUAAAGAUUUGAGACUGGUUUCGAUUUCCAAUGAACAUAUUGAGGUACCAUCAGGGUUUUUACUCGUUGGUGCCAAGUCACCAAAUUUACCUGAUCACCUCUUAGUGUGUGCUGUGGAUAAAAGAUUCCUUCCAGAUGAUAAUGGGCGCAAUGCCCUGUUGGGCUUCUCUGGCAAUUGUGUUGGCUGUGGAAAGAAAGGUUUCUGCUACUUUACAGAAUUCUCAAAUCACAUUAACCUUAAACUGACCACUCAGCCCAAGAAACAGAAACACUUAAAGUAUUAUCUGGUCAGGAAUGCACAGGGAGCUCUGACGAAAGGAUCUGUAAUCUGCUGGAAAGGGGCAGAACUCAGAGGCCGGCAGUCCUUAUCCAGCACCUGUUCAGGCACGGUGUGCCAUCUGCCAGAGAGCGCAGGCCUCUCCGGGAGCACCGCGACGGAGCCUCCCCCAAACCCUCCACCUGGGACUCCACAAACAGCUACAGCCAUAGAUCAUAUCCCAUCAACAGCAGCAUUCAGCUCAGCAGCUUAUAAUGGCAAGGAAUCUCCUAAACAACAGUUGGUGAAAAAUAACCUAUCUGCUUUGACAAGACCAUCGGUGUUAGGCACUUUGACAAAUUCAGGACCUCCAAAAAAACGCCAUAAAGGUUGGUCACCAGAAUCUCCAUCAUCCACUGAAACUUGGAACUUGCCACUCAACCCACAGGCUCCAAAUAGAAUUAAAAAUGAUGGAGGAAGCCUAUCAUCUCUACCGCAUUCUGCUUUGGUGGGGCCAGCAUCAUCUCCAGUCGUUGGCUCAGGAGAACCUGUCUCAGUUCCUGACAACCUGCUGAAAAUCUGUAAAGCAAAGCCAGUUAUUUUCAAAGGUAAAAAAACCCACCUCAGCAAGAUCUCAGAUCUGGUUGCCAUCUAUGUUCAUGGCUUGGAAUUUCACAUGUAUUUGAAACUUCAGCCUGCGCCACCCACUUGUAUCCAAGAGAGGCAUAAAUCUGGGCUGGGAACGCUGAGCUCAUUGAAGCAGGAAAAUAGGACUCAAAGCCUUUGCUUCCUGGUGCCACAGAGUCAGCAGUUUACAAUUCAGGUGCCGCAGUCUCGGCGGCUUUAA